GAAGGUGGGAGCGGGGGGAAGGCUAGCAGCAGCGCAGCCCUAUCCGCCUCUCCCUCAUAAACCAGCCUGUGUUGGGCUGAGCAGGCCCCUCACACAAAGGAGGGCAGGGCAGGCAGGGCUGCCCCCUUCCCCCCCUCCUCGGGCGAGGGGCAGCGCGGAGGCGCCCUUCCCCGUGCAGAGCACUCACAGCCACUUACUCCUCUCCUGUCCCCCCCCUCCUCGUCUUCUUCUUCUCUUCUCUUCCCCCCUUCCUCCCACCCCGCCCCGCGGUUCUCCCCUCAGCCCCCCGCCCUCUGUCCAUGUAGCCGCCUGGCCGCCGGCCCCUCCGCACUAUGCCCAUCUUGCUCUUCCUGAUAGACACGUCCGCCUCCAUGAACCAGCGCACCCAUCUGGGCACCACCUAUCUGGACAUAGCCAAAGGCGCUGUAGAGACUUUCAUGAAGCUCCGCGCCCGCGACCCGGCCAGCAGGGGCGACAGGUACAUGCUGGUCACUUUCGAGGAGCCUCCCUACGCUAUCAAGGCUGGAUGGAAAGAAAACCAUGCCACGUUUAUGAAUGAACUCAAAAACCUUCAAGCUGAAGGACUUACGACUCUUGGCCAGUCCCUAAGGACAGCUUUUGAUUUAUUAAAUUUAAAUAGAUUAGUAACUGGCAUAGACAACUAUGGGCAGGGAAGAAACCCCUUUUUUCUGGAGCCAGCAAUAAUUAUAACAGUUACAGAUGGGAGUAAAUUAACUACGACCAGUGGGAUACAGGAAGAGCUCCAUUUACCUCUCAAUUCCCCUUUACCUGGAAGUGAGCUGACUAAGGAGCCCUUCCGAUGGGACCAGAGGUUAUUUGCUUUGGUUCUCCGUCUGCCUGGUAUUACAGCACCAGAGUCAGAGCAGAUAGCAGGAGUGCCUGUGGAUGAUUCGGCAAUCACACCGAUGUGUGAAGUCACAGGAGGUCGAUCGUAUUGUGUGUGCUCUCCAAGAAUGCUGAAUCAGUGUCUUGAGUCAUUGGUGCAAAAAGUGCAGAGUGGAGUAGUAAUAAAUUUUGAAAAAGCUGGACCAGAUCCCUCACCAAUUGACGAUGGGCAGGUGGAUAUAUCUAGACCCUUUGGACCCCAACCUUGGCACAGCUGUCACAAACUUAUUUAUGUCCGACCAAACCCUAAAACUGGGGUGCCUAUAGGUCAUUGGCCUGUACCUGAAUCCUUUUGGCCAGAUCAAAAUUCUCCAACACUGCCACCCCGCACAUCUCAUCCUGUGGUGAAAUUCUCCUGCACUGACUGUGAACCGAUGGUCAUUGACAAACUGCCUUUUGAUAAAUACGAGUUAGAGCCCUCACCACUGACCCAGUUUAUCCUGGAAAGAAAAUCCCCACAGACCUGCUGGCAGGUAUAUGUGAGCAAUAGUGCAAAAUAUAGUGAACUUGGCCACCCUUUUGGUUACUUGAAAGCUAGUACAGCGCUGAAUUGUGUGAACUUAUUUGUGAUGCCUUACAAUUACCCCGUCCUCCUUCCGCUGCUAGAUGACUUAUUUAAAGUACACAAGGCAAAGCCAACGUUAAAAUGGCGGCAGUCAUUUGAAAGCUAUUUGAAGACGAUGCCUCCUUAUUAUCUUGGGCCUUUGAAGAAAGCUGUGAGAAUGAUGGGGGCACCAAACCUUAUAGCUGACAAUGUGGAAUAUGGACUUAGUUACAGUGUCAUUUCAUAUCUCAAAAAGUUGAGUCAGCAGGAUUUGAAACCUCAGACUUUUAGAAAUGCUUAUGACAUACCCAGAAGAAAUCUUUUGGAUCAGUUAACACGAAUGAGAUCUAAUUUACUGAAGAGUACUUGCAAGUUCCUCAAAGGACAAGAUGAAGAUCAAGUUCACAGUGUACCUAUAGCACAAAUGGGAAACUAUCAGGAAUAUCUAAAACAAAUACCAUCUCCCCUCCGAGAGCUUGAUCCUGAUCAACCCCGAAGACUCCAUACAUUUGGCAAUCCAUUCAAACUGGACAAAAAGGGAAUGAUGAUAGAUGAAGCAGAUGAAUUUGUAUCAGGACCUCAAAAUAAACAUAAAAGACCUGGAGAACCAAAUAUGCAAGGGAUUCCGAAAAGACGUCGGUGUAUGUCCCCGCUGCUCAGAGGCCGACCACAAACUCCUCCAGUUGUGAAUAAUCAUAUUGGAGGAAAAGGGCCACCCACACCAAUCACACAAGCACAGCUAGACCUUGUUAAACCUAUUCCAGUUCACAAAACCUCAGAAACUAAUAAUGAGAUUGCAAUGGAUGAUGUGAUUGAGAAUCAUGUUACAGACCCACUUUCAUCAGAUGUUUUCCCAAAUACUGUGGAUUCAGAGUUUUCAAUGUCCUCUUCUCCAUUCAAUUCAUUGGAUCGACCUGCCACUCAUACAGAGGAUGUAGGCCAUGAACAUUUGGGGAACAACUUGAAUGUUGAUGGGUUUUUGGAAAAUCAUGAGGAAUCAGGUAGUAAAGAUCAAAGUACUGAAGAAAACUUGCCGAUGUCUUCACCCAGCAAAGGGAAAAAAGCAGUGCAUUGCAGAAGUUCCAGAGAGAUUAAUAUAGAGCUAAAAGCACAAAUUAUGAAAGAGAUAAGAAAACCAGGAAGGAAGUAUGAAAGAAUCUUCUUUUUGCUGAAGCAUGUACAAGGAAGUUUACAAACUCGCCUGAUAUUUUUACAAAACGUUAUUAAAGAAGCUUCAAGGUUUAAAAAACGAAUGCUGAUAGAACAGCUUGAGAGUUUUCUGGAAGAAAUCCAUCGCAGAUCCAAUCAGGUCAACCAUAUUAACAGCAGCUAAGAGACUCUGCACAGAAUAAAAAGCCACAGCAGGGCUCUGCUGUCCUUACUUGCAUUCAUUUUUGACAUGCACUCUUAUCUCAAAUCCCAUAUCUGAAAGAAUGAAAAGCUGCUCUAUAAUAUGAUGAGAAAAGUAUCCAUCAUCUUUUUUUCUUCACUUCUGUUAUUUUUGUAAUGUGAAAAAUAUCACUAAAACAUUUUUAUUUAACUAAAUGGAGAAUUUCUUGCUUGUCAUUGACUUAAGUGUCACUUUCCCUCAGGUUCUAUUUUCUUAUUCCAACCUUCAAAACUAUCACCUCUAAGGUUGAACUUUGCCAAAAAAAAAAAAAAAAAAAAAAGUUGCUUUGUAAUUUUCAAAAAAAAAAAAAAAAGCACAUACAUUAAACAAGGUAAUGUUUUGUAUAUACAGUUAUUUUGGAU